AUGGCACGAGGAAGUGGGAAUAGUAAUGAAGGGAAUGAGCUGAGUGAGGUUGUGAGGCAGUUGGCAGCAGUCGCCCAGCAAUUAGCAAGAAACUCGACCAACAAUGGAGAUGCUCAUGGAGAGUUGUUUAAGAAGGUGGCGCAAAGCAAGCCACCAACCUAUCAAGGCGAACCUGAUCCAACGGUGCUGGAAAACUGGUUAAGGGAAUUUGAGAAACUGUUUGGGGGAGUUGAGUGCCCAGAAAAUUCUAAAGUAGGCUGUGCUACCUAUUACCUUAGGGGUGAAGCUGACCUUUGGUGGCAACAAAAUGAGGCUACCAUUAAGGCAUUACCUGGGUUCAAAUGGACUAUGUUUCAGGAGAAGGUUAGAGACAAGUUUUACCCCAGUUUUCUACAGAAACAAAAAGCUGAGGAAUUUUCUAACUUAGCAAUGGGAUAUAUGUCAAUCAAUGAGUACUAUACUAAGUUUAUUGAGUUAUCACGAUUUGCCAAGGAGUUUGUUGCUACAGAAAAAGCAAAGGCUAGAAAGUUUGAGAGUGGAUUGACCACUGAUUUACAGCUAAAGUUGAGUGGAUAA